AUUUAUUUAAUUCUACAUUACAAGAAAAUAUUUAUAACUUUGAUAUAAAUGAAGAUUCUAAUGAUUCAGAUUUUGAUUAUAAUGAAUCUAAUUAUAGUGAUUGUUAUAAAGAUUGGGAUAAUAAAAAUUUAAACUAG